AUGCCAACUCAAUCCGACCUCCGUGGGCUCUCUGCAUUGCACACUGAGCAACAGAAUCCGCACAGUCGGUAUAUUGAUGAAGUCUCGGCGCCUCAACUGUGUCAAAUUAUCAACAACGAGGAUGCCACAGUAGCGGGCGCCGUCCAAAAAUGCAUCCCUAUCAUCGCGGAGUCAAUUGAAAUACUUGCUGAGCGGGUCAGAAAUGGAGGCAGAGUGAUAUAUGUUGGCGCUGGGACAAGUGGAAGGUUAGGCGUUCUGGACGCCUCUGAGAUUCCUCCAACAUACUCUGCACCAGAGCGACAGUUUGUAGCGAUCAUCGCAGGCGGAGAUGUUGCCCUCAGAAAAGCCCAAGAGGGAGCUGAAGAUAAUGUGGAAGCUGGUGUCAAUGAUCUCAAGGCUCUCAACCUAGACCCCAAGGUCGAUUCAUUGGUUGGUUUGGCUGCUUCAGGUCGAACACCUUAUGUGCUGAGUUGUCUCUCUUAUGCUAAAUAUCAGGGCUGCUUCACAGUUGGAGUUGCGUGUACUGAACCUUCAAGGAUGAGCACGAGCAAAGAUGUAGACUGCAUGAUCAGUGCGGUUGUUGGGCCAGAGGUCGUGACUGGAAGUACCAGGAUGAAGUCAGGCACGGCCACAAAGCUUGUUCUCAAUAUGUUGAGUACAGGCGUGAUGAUCAAAAUUGGCAAGACUUUUGGCAACAUGAUGGUCGAUCUGAGAGCAACGAACUUGAAACUUCAACAACGGUCGCGAAACAUAUUGCGCAGUAUUUGUGGUUCAAAAUGUCCUGAGCGCGACGAGGCACUGGAUGAUAUGUUAAGCAAUUGCGGUGGAAGUGUCAAGACCGCAAUAGCCUCGUUGAUGCUAGGGAUUCCGGUCACAGAAGCGGUUGAUCGCUUGAAUGAUUCAGGGGGUAGCCUUGCGAAGGUCCUUAAGCAUGAAAAAGCCGUUCCUACGGAGCCGACCAGCAAUGGUAGGCAAUUUGAAUAUUCUCUCUGUGUUGACGGUGGUGGUAGCAAAUGUGCUGCUGCCAUCAUCUCAGCAGACGGUACGAUUGAUUAUGGGGAAGCUGGUGGUUGCAAUGUCACUGAUGCCGGAGUGGAAGUAGCCAUGCUAUCGAUAUCUCUUGCCAUCCAACGAGCAGCUGACUCCUCUCCAGUUCUCUCUGGGAGACAUUGGGACACACUCUGCUAUUCCUCAAUCUGGGUUGGCUUAGCAGGCUAUGAUAGGCCUAAAGUUGCUUCACAGGUCAACCACGCACUUGAAAGGCUAUUUCAUCGUAAGCGAGGGCCGAGAUUGAGGAUCACUAAUGACAUCGAGCUCCUUGCACUUCCCUUUCUCGAAAGGCAUAACAUCAAUAAUGCCAUCGUGCUCAUUGCUGGGACGGGCUCAGUUGCUAUGAGGUAUAAAAGAGACAAUGAUGGUCUCUUCAGAAUUAGUCGCUUUGGAGGUUGGGGCCAUCUGAUCGGCGAUGAUGGAUCAGGCUUCGACAUUGGCAGGAGAAGCAUUCGCCAUGCACUUGCUGCUCUGGACGAUUUCAAAUCAAGGGCCAGCUGCGAAUAUGAAGAUCCGGAGUUUGAUGAAUUAACUCGAAUCGUCUUGCAACAUUUUCAGCCAGACUCCAGUUCUAAGCUCGACUAUGAUCUUCUCAGUGAAAUCUUGAACUCCAGCCCUGAAUUGCCCAAUAAAGAGCGAAUCGCUCAGCUUGCAAAGGUUGUGGUCGAGUUGAGUGAAGAUGUCGAAGCGCAAGCAAUAGUCUCAGACGCAGUGCAGAGUCUGGUCAGGCUUGUCCGGUCAAUCGCGCCGUCUAGACAGCUAGAUCUGAGUGAUUCCGCUUUGGUGCUCGCAGGAGGAUUGAUGCAGAAUGAUGUCUUCAAAAGACAGCUGGAAGGAGAACUCUUGAAAGCUGUUCCCCAAUUCAAGCUGGUGGAAGUCGUAAAGCAGCCUGCGUUACUUGGUUCUCAACAUCUUUUGCAGGAGGAGUUAUUGUCUCGGUAA